GGCUGUGGCGUUUCUAUGGUUUCCCACACUUUGAACAGUGCCUACAAUCCCUACGAGAAUCGCAAUGUGGAAGUGCCAAUGUCAAAUGUGGGCGCCUUUGUGUCGCUGCUCAAGUGUGUGAUUGGAACGGGAAUCCUUGCGCUGCCCCUGGCCUUUGCCUACACGGGUUGGCUCAAUGGGGGCAUACUGCUCAUUCUGAUUACGAUACUGCUGAUCCAUGGCAUCACGCUGCUGAUCAUUUGCAUGGUGGAGUCGGCCCGUAGGCAGGAGCAGGGCUACUGCAACUUUCCCGAUACGAUGGUGUACGCGUUCAACCAGGGCCCCAAUUGGUGCCGAUACUGCGCCAGGGCCUCGGGCUUCCUGGUCGACGGAGUGCUGGCCUUCUCCCACUACGGCGUGUGCGUCGUGUAUAUCGUGUUUGUGUCGGUCAAUAUCAAGCAGCUGUCGGACUACUACAUCAAGGUGAUGGACCUGUGGAUCUUCAUACUGUUUGUCGGGAUGCUGUCGAUACCGCUGUUCCUCAUCCGCCAUCUGAAGUAUCUGGUGCCCUUCAAUCUGGCCGCCAACAUUGUGAUGUAUCUGGGCUUUGUGCUGAUCUUCUACUACCUGUUCCAGAAUCUGCCAGCCCUCUCGGAGCGUGAGGCAUUCAGCGAGCCCUCCAAGCUGCCGCUCUUCUUUGGCAUUGCCCUGUUCUCCGUGAGCUCUGUGGGAGUGAUGCUCGCCAUUGAGUCGAAGAUGGCCCAUCCGGAGAAGUACAUCGGAUGGUUUGGCGUACUCAAUCUGGCCUCCGUUGUGGUCGUCAUCUCGUACCUGAUCUUUGCCAUCAUGGGCUACUGGCGCUAUGGGGAGACCGUGCACGGCAGCGUCACCCUCGAUCUGCCCAACGACGAAAUACCCGCGCAGGUGUCCAAGGCCUUCAUCAGCAUGGCCGUCUUCCUCACGUAUCCGCUGUCCGGCUAUGUGACCAUUGACAUCAUCAUCAAUCACUAUCUGAACCGGAAUGGGCAGCUGAAGCAUCCGCAUCGCAUCGAGUACAUUGUCCGGCUGUGCUUCGUCCUGGUGUGCACCGUCAAUGCGGUGGCGUUCCCCAAUCUGGGGCCACUGCUGGCCCUCGUCGGGGCAUUCACCAUCUCGCUGCUGAACCUCAUCUUUCCGGCCUGCAUCGACAUGUGCCUCAACUACCAUGCCCCCUACACCUACGGCAAGUUGCGCUGGAAGCUCGUCAAGAACAUUCUGAUUGUCAUCAUUGGCGCUUUGAUCCUGGUGUACGGCUGCAUCCUGGCCAUCAUGGACAUGAUCAAGGAGUACGGCGGCGGCAGCAAGAAGACCACCACUCUACCCGUGUCGAACAGCACUGUGGCUGCCACUGCGACCACUGCUGCUGCUGUUGCAGCACGUUUUUGGGCAGGAGACUCGAACGAUUAAAGAGUUUGCAGCUCUCCUUGCAAGACAUUCAUCUGGGGGCGCCAUUCGCAAAUG